ACCACCACCAGGAACUGGGCCAGAAGAUGGCGGCGGCCGCGGAACUCAGGCUGCUGGAGAAGUCUCUGGGCCUGAAGCUGGAGAAUAAGUACAGCGCUCAGGGCGAGCGACAGAUUCCAGUUCUACAAACAAACAAUGGCCCAAGUCUAAUGGGAUUGAGCACCAUUGCGACCCAUCUAGUCAAGCAAGCCCAUAAGGAGCACCUGCUGGGGAGCACUGCAGAAGAAAAGGCAGUGGUUCAGCAAUGGUUAGAGUUCAGGGUCACCCGGGUAGAUGGACACUCCAGUAAAGAAGACACCCACACUCUGCUGAAGGAUCUGAAUUCCUAUCUUGAAGAUAAAGUCUACCUUGCAGGACACAGCAUUACCCUGGCAGACAUCCUGCUCUACUAUGGGCUCCAUCGCUUUAUAGUUGAUCUGACAGUUCAAGAAAAAGAGAAAUAUCUUAAUGUGUCUCGCUGGUUCUGUCACAUUCAGCACUACCCAGACAUCAGGCAGCAUCUGUCCGCUGUUGUCUUCAUCAAGAACAGACUGUACGCUAACUCCCACUAGAGGCCCCUGCCGUGCAGCAGCCGGAUUCAAAGAUAACAGAAAAUGUAUUUUGGACCAUGGUACUAACGUAAAUUAAUAUGAUGUUAUUAUUCCUUUGUUAAUGUUGGUGGAAUUUUUAAAGUGUAAGCUCAAGUCUGAAUGUUUUAUUUGUCCCUUAGUUGAAGUUUUGUAAUUUUUUAAGGUAAAAAUUCAACUGUUAUCCAAACAAAUCACGGUCAGAUUACAGAUUAUCUCGUUUUUAGGCGACAUGGAGUCACUG